AAUGAAUGAUCGGGACUAUAACUUUUAUAACCUCAAAACAACAAUAAAAUUCUGUUCCUACAAAACAUAGAUAUAUCUUAAAAUGUCUAAUUCUAAUUUAUUCCUAAAGUCUGGGUUUGUCCGAGCGCCGUUGCAAAAUGGUGUAGGCCGUUACGUUCAGCAGUUACAGAGGAUUGUGUUAAAAUUCUGCAAAACUCACGGCGGCAGUCGAGGAAUGAGAGAUUAUAUUGAACAGGAUUUGGUAGACUUUGCAAAGCAGAAUCCCGGUGUGGUGGUGUACUUGAAGCCUCGACGUCACCGCAGCCCUGUUGUUGUUGCUGAAUAUUUAAAUGGUGAUAGAGUUUGGAUGAGUAUGCAUAACAAAACACAAACGGAAGUGACGAAAUGGAUAGAAGUCCUCCGCACCCAGGAAGGGGACAUCGCCAGCACUCGUCUCCGGAAGUACCAGCACACCGACUACCCAUCCGUCCAGGGUCCAUGGAGCCCCUUCACGUUUAAAGACCCAGAAUUGAACACAGUACAACUUCCAGACCCUAAAUUCGGCGCAAACAAUAGAUUGCCAAUGUCAGCCACAGAGCAGUUGAGAAUUAUGUUCGAAAAACAAAAGUUAAGUGAGAAAGAUUUGAAGACUGGUGAAUAAAUUAAUGUUAAUUACCAUCCAAUAGUCUGAGAG